AUGUUGAGGUGGUGGGAUCAUUGGGCCGAAGAAGCUCUUCAGAAACUUGAACACCUGCAACUCCUCCGUUCUCUCAGACCCAUUUACCUCCAAAAUGGACCAACCCGUGAAGCCCAAAACCCCGUCGAAGAUGAAUUCCGUGUGUUCGAUGAAAUGCAGCCGAUCCUCUGUGGAGGUCCACAUUCCUGA